CGCACGGGCAACCCCUGAAGCUCGCACGGCCGUGCACCCUGGCCGUGCGAGAGGGCUGAAGUUCGACUAAAUGACACGCUGCGUUUUGAGUUGCACGGCCAGAAUGGUGAUAUGCACGGCCGUGCACCCUGGCCGUGCGAGUCGGGAUUUCCUGGUUUUAAGCCAAAUUCCGAACCAAAGAAGAGGGAGAGCUGGGUUUUUGGAUCCCAAACACCCAAGGGACGAACCCUAGAGAGAGAGGGCGAUUUGAGGGCAUUCUUGGAGUAGAGAAGGAGGAUUUCUUCGCCUUGGAAGCUCGAGGAACAAGCCCGGACUUGAAGACUGAUCAUCUGAAGAUUCUUACUGCAGUCUCUCUCUUCUCUAUGGAGUAACUUCCCUUCACUUAGGUUUUGAGGAACCCUAGCUAUGUUUGUUUGAUUGGAUGAUUGUAUGAGUACUCUGACUGGAUAAUCUUGAGUUCAUAUUCAAUCUAUGCAUGUUUUCAUGAUUCAAUUCUGCUUUAGUCGAGAUUAUUGAUUCUGCUUUGAUUCUAUGAGAGGGAAUACCUGAUUAGGUCAAUAGAGCACCAUAGAUUGAUAGUAGUGGAUCGAUUGCUUUAGUCGAGGGUUGAUUCACUGCUUUGUAUCGAUUGAGAACCUCUUUCGAUAGAGGGAGUCUAGUUCAGAACGCCUUGAUCAGUUGUUCUAGAGAAGGAUACGUCCCUCUAGGCAAUUGACUCAAGAGGGCCUUGUUCCUUUAGUUGAGACUCAAGGUCUAGUCAAGGAUUCUCCGCAUUGUGAAUGAAAGUGAAACAGGUUAGAGAUCAUCAAUCAUUAAUCUGGCUAGUGGCUAGGGGGAAUCAUACCUAAGUGAGUUCCCAACCUGUAAUUAGAUUAACUUUAACUGUAGUUUGCUAGAGUAGUUUUAGUUCUUUCAUCUUAAUCUGAUUUGCUAAAUAAUAAACUGAAGCUGAGUAAUAGUAACUCUAGAGACCCGUGGAUUCGAUAUUUAUCACUUGAGCCACUAUACUGCAGUCCCUUUCAUUGGUUACACUUGGCCUUUGUUAGGUGUUGUGUUUUAGCGAGUCAAGUUUUUGGCGCCGUUGCCGGGGACUUUCUAGAGUAUUAGGAAAGGCAGAAGUUUGUUACUUUAGCGUUUUUCUUUUCUUUUCCACCCUUGCUUUUCACUUGGGUGUUUUUGUUUUUGUUGGUGCAGAUCUGAAUCAUGGAUCCUAAUGGCUUCUCCAAUCAUUGGGGGUAUCCACCACCAUCUGGGUGGUAUUACCCCGAGACUCCCUGGAGCAAUCAAGGCGGAGAAGACUAUGGAUUCGGGUUCCAGUACCAACCCCCCUACUACGGAGAACAACAGGACCCCUGGGCAUAUCAAGAACAACCUCAUUAUCAAGAAGAAUUUCUCCCACAACCAGAAGGGCCAUCGGCACUGGAGUUACUCAUGGAGCAGUAUGCUCGAGACUGUGAGAGAACAUGCUCCAGGAUGGAUCUGUGUGUCCAGGCCUAUCGUGAAACAGAUGAGAUCCUCCUGAGCCUUAAGAAGAGCGUCGAUGAUCUUGAGCGAUCUUGGGCGCAACCUGCUCCAGAUCACCCUUCUGCUACCAUACAAGAAGAUGAGGAGGAAGAAGGCUACAAGGACAUUGUGGAGCACACUGAAGUUGUCACGGAGAGCUCCCGUGAUGAUCAUGAUCAGGAGUGUCCUGUCGUAGCCGACCAAACCUUCCCACACCCCAAACUGAGCUUUGAAGAGGCGGGCAUGAGUGAGGAGAUGCAAGAAGAUCUCAUGAAAGAAAUUGCUUGGCAACUUGCUCUCCAAUCCGUGCUAGAAGAAGAAGAGCAAGAAAGGGUGCAGAAAGAAGUUGUGGAGGAUGACGAAAGUGAAGCAGGAGGAGUUCUUGAUCAUUUCCCAGGGGUGAUACCACAUGAAGAAGGAAGAGAGGUUGAAGAAGCAAUUGGCGUCCAGGCUGAGGACGGAGUUAAGGUGGAAGAGGCCUGCACUGGCCAUGAGUUACAUGUGAUAUCUCCACCAAACCUCGAGGAACUGCUUAGCAAGGACCCAUUUGCAGUGUCUCUUUGCCAGACCAAGGCCACCUCGACAUCGGUCCCUCUUGGUGGACGCGAUGGUGGCUAAUCGAUGUUGUCAUAUCUGGUUUGGGGCAAUGAGACGAGAGAAGAGAAGAAGAGGUCUCGAGGGUGGAGACUUCAUCUGCAUCAAGUACAUGAGCCUUCAUCACCUGUCACACCACAUGCUCAUGACUUGAGACUCCACCUCAUCGACGAGAACCUCAACUUCAAGGAGGUUCUAGCAUGGACCGAAACUUAGGAGCCAUCGUCCGGCUCACGACGUGAAAGAAGCGCUUGUUGGGAGGCAACCCAACCAGUCGGUUUGCAUUUCUUUCUCUAUUUCUCUUCGGUGGAGUCAGUUUUGUUCUUUGAUUUUAGAGUCAAUAACUCAACCUUUGUGAG